AUGGGAUACCAUCGGAAGUCGCGGCCGACGGGUUUUCCAUUUUAUGCGAGGGUCGGCGGGGCGUGUAUUGGGCCGAGUCCAUUCCCGGUCUUCCGUCGCUAUGGAGGAAACAAUCCAGGCCCCUAUUUCGCGCUGCUCCGUCUGGCCUCGCGUAAAGAGGUGGAAGCGAAAUUGAACGAAGCAAUUACGCGUAACGCGCCCCCUACGCAAUGUUGUAAUCACGCU